AUGGCGCGUGUGCAAAAGAUAAUCCCAGUUAAUUACACACUGCACCGCAACAAGAAGGGUGUGACAGCGGAUGAGCUCUUUUCUAGGCAGCAUGCAGAGCUUCUUCAGUCAGCAAAAGUAUGGAUGAAAGAAACUGCUCAGUCAGGCUCGGUCGUGGCGGCUUUGGUGGCCACCGUGGCCUAUGCAGCUGAGUACACGGUUCCCGGGGGUACUAAUCAGAACGGGCUUCCUAAUCUCGAGCACUCUCCUUUCUUCAAAGCAUUCGCCAUUUCGAUCACUGUCUCGCUUAUCUUGUCAUUGACUUCUUUGGGCACGUUUCUCAAUAUCCUGAGGUCUCCAUUUGAGUACAAAAACUUUCACCACUCUCUUCCCUUCAAGCUGAAUUUAGGGUUCCUCCUUCUCUUCUGCUCGCUGCUAGUGUCCAUGCUCUCCUUCGCUGCUACUAUUGUGCUCUUGAUUCAUCAUCAAAAGAUAUGGUCAAUUUCCCUCAUUUACGUUGUUGUUGCCAUUCUUCCUUUCUCUGCGUUUGGGCUCAACCAUAAUCGUUUUUAUCCAGUAUUUUUCAAAG